AUGCUCCCUGGCGCGCCUCGGGUCAGUUUUCACCCGCUGCCCGCCCAUCCGGUGCAUCCUGUGCCCGUGCAUCCAUCCCAGCAUUGUCCGCCACUGCCGCAAACGCAAACGCCGCAAAGCUUGGAGCCUCGGAGAUUGGUGGCGCGGGUGGGUUCCCUGGCACCAGCGGCGCCAGGUGGAGCAGCCGCGGCUGCACCAGCCGCGGUGCCAGCUGCCGCGGUGCCAGCCGUGGUCCCAGUGCCCCGUAGCCAGGCGGCGCCCAAGUCGUUGUUGCGGAGGAGCACAGCGGCCGCGGCUGCCGCGGCUGAGCCGUGUACUGCGCUGGCGCCCUUGGCGCGUGAGGCGACAAAUGCAGGAUGUGCGGCUGCAACUGGAAGCAGGAAUUGUCCCAACGGGGCCAGGAGAAGAAAAUCUUUGCCUGAACCUGAACUUUUGGUGGUGAAAUUCCUGUACCUAUCGCGUUUGCCUGCUGCUGGCUGGUUGCAGACACCUGCCCAAUACCAACUCAGCCUUCAUGUCGGGGAGGAUGCACGAAACGACCCUCCGAGCCGGCCAGGGGUUUACGCCACAGCUUCAGUGCAGGCGGGGCCACCACAGGCUGUUCCCCCAGAGGAGGCUCAGUUGAAGGAACAGAUCGCCAAAGCCGUGGAGGCCAUGACCGCCUCAACUCCCAUGGGGGCUUCCUCGGCUCCCAUGGAGUGUCGCUUCAAGUCGCGCCUGGCGGUCCGCCUUCAGGACGCCGGGCCGGGGCCGGCGGCCGGCGGCCCGGUGUACUUCCGGGUGGAUGCCUGGGCAGUAACUCCCGGUCUCUUCAGCAAGCCUUCAGCACCAGUGCUGUUUGCCCGUGCCUUUGUUCCCAUCAACGAUGCCAAGUAUCACCGCCGCGCCUGUACUUGGCCAAUGAUUGAUGCGCAGGGCCAGGACGUGGCAUACCUGACCUGCGAGUUUUCCUUUGCGCGAAUCCCUUCACCCGUGUCCGAGCUCACAGCUUCGGCUGCGGGGAAUGCGGUCAGUUUGGCAUGGCUAGCGUCCAAUGAAGAUCGGGUCGUGCCCAUCAAGGGAUAUCGCAUCGAUUCGCGCUGCUUGGGCCGGGGGAAACGGGCGCCCAACAGCACUUGGCAACAUGAAGGGGAUGUUGAUGCGCGCAGCACGCGCUUUCAAAUACAUGGUUUGAAACCUGACACGGUCUACUUGCUGCGGGUUUGCGCAGUGAAUGAAGUAGGAUUGAGUGAAGCCGCAGAGCUGGAAGUGAAGACUGGUCCCUGCGCUCCAGCUGGCUGCGGCCCCCCACGUCUGGCUGGCUGUGCCGGUCCCGUGUUGUCCGUUGAGUGGGACAGCCCCAUCUACGACGGCGGAGCGGAGCUGGUGGCGUAUCGCGUGUGGGUGCGGCCAUUCUCAGCCACGGAUGCGGAUGAGGGUGAUUGGUUGGAGGUGGGUCAUGUGAAACACAACAACAGUGGUGUUCAGCGAGCUGAGAUUCACACUGAGGAUCUCGAUUCAUCCAUUGGACGUUACCUUUGUAGGGUUGCCGCCAUCAAUGGAGCUGGAGAAGUGGGCCCCGCCACUCCUGAUGCUGUAUCAUUGACCUUGCCGAAUCCUUGCGCAGUGUCUCGUCCGACACCCCCAUCUCAAGCACCCUUGGCGCUGGGAGACAGAGAAGGCCAUUAUGGUUCCAUGUGGCCUCAAGCCGGGGUCAAUGGCAAUUUGCUGACCAUGACCAUCAAUGAGCCGAACAAGCGGAAAGUGACAGUGCCCCUCUUUCAGGACAACCUGGGAGAUGACUUGCCGUUGGGGCUCUUUGGCCAAUAUGGGGCUCACUCUUUGACGUCAGCAUCGGACGGUCAGAGCAAUGACCUUGCGUUGCCAGAGCAUUUAGAUGUGCAUCAACAACACUGGCCGCCUUCAGAGUUUGAUUCCAGACAGUGGUAUCAUCAAGAUGCCUUUCCAGGAUCCGAGGACACCUUGGAUAGAGCCUUGGUGCCUUUCAAGGCGCCACCUCGAACACAGCACGAGAAGCAGGAUGACCUGUUAAGACGCCUGCUGGAAGAGAAGCGGAGUCUGUUGGAGUCCAGCUUGCAGCUUGGGAGCAGUGGCCCGCAGUCAGUGGAGAGCUGUUACUUGGCCCUAGCGGAUGGCGACUGCAUCCCUCGACGUUGGCAUUUGGAAGGUCGCUGGGGGAUCCCCAUCGAAAAGAUCGCACACGGGAAGCAUCAGGGCCUACGCUUUAUUCCCUUACUCGUUGGUGCUGAGAAGCGUCUGCCAGAGGAAAUUCAGCAGUUGCUGAAGACCGGUAGAGCUUGGGUGGUCCCUCAUAACUCCAGUCAGCCCAAAGCAAAGGCUUGGACAGAUUGGCAUCCAAGUCAUGGGGCGGCAAAGAGUCCAGAGAUUGCGGAAGAGACUAAGGCCAUCCCAUAUUUCCCGGAACCAAUUGAGAAGAGCUUCACAUUUGCAGAGCUCUUUGCUGGAAUUGGUGGUUUCCGACUGGGUCUAGAAGCAGUUGGCGGAAAAUGUGUCUUUGCCUCCGAAAUCGAACGCUUCACCCGAUCCCUUUACAUCUUGAACUUUGGCGAAUCGCCACCUGUGGUGGGAGACAUUCAAGAGGUCAAGGAUUCUGAAAUUCCUGAGGUAGAUAUGUUGGUUGCGGGAUUUCCUUGUCAACCCUUCUCGGCCCUUGGAACACAGCCCGCCUUUGACGAUGACCGUGGCCUCUUGUUUCGCGAGAUCGUGAGGGUGUUGAAGGCGUCCAAAGCCAGGUCCUUCCUAUUGGAAAAUGUGCCAGGCCUAUUGGAAUGUGAUGAUGGAAAGGCCAUCCGGGCCAUCAAACAGGAGCUGCAGGCGGCUGGUUAUGAGGUGCAGCUGCAUACCUUCAAUGCCCGGAACCUCACCGCCCAGUCGCGGAAGCGGGUCUUCUUCUUCGGCCUCCGCGAGGGCGUGUCCGGUUUUGCAGGCUUUCGGAGGCCCUGGGUGCCCGAGUUGCAGCUGAGGGCGCGCGAUGUCUUGGAAAAUGAGGAGGAGUUGAUGCAGGAAACAGACGGGGAGGAUAUUUAUGGCUUGAGUGAUGAGCAUUUCAGGAGCUUGAAGGAAUCGAAGAAAUGGGCCAAGAGAGGUGGAAUGACGGACACUUUGGUCUGGGAAGACAAGUUGUGUAACACCUUGGUGUCGCACUAUGGCACCAGUUUGGGCAAGGGCAAUUCUCAGCUGGUAGCCAGGCAGGCGCCGCUGAAUCCCAGAAGAUUUACACCCCGGGAGUGUGCCAGGUUGAUGGGUUUUCCCGAUAGCUAUCGGCUGACGGAGAGGCCCAAAGAGAAUCCCAGCAUGUGGUUCCGGGCCUUGUACAAGAUGUUUGGCAACAGCGUGAGUCCCCCACUGGUGGCUGCCCUCUCCGACGUCCUCCUGGAGCCCCUGGGGCUCACCAGCCGCGGCCAAAGCGGCCAAAGCGCCUCGCUGCGGCUGGCGCUGGGCGCAGUGGCGCCACAAAGGCAAACCUUCCAGCGCUUAUCCGAAGAGCUCCAGAUCUCCUCCAGUGAGGCUCUGCGAAUCCGUCAUGAAGAAGCGGAGAUAGAGGCAGCUGGUUAUCAAGCGGAGGUGGCAGUCCUGUCUCAGAAGCUGAAAGAACAGCUGGAGACCAUGAAUGCAUCUUCGUCCUUGUACCAUCCUGAUACCUCGGCCAUGGGCUUUACCUUGCCAAUCCCCGGCUCAUAG